AGAUUUCCUCUGGUUCUACAGUAAAGGAUAUGACUCUCAGACCUCUAUGAUGCUUACGAUGGAGAGGACGGGAACGUGCAUAUUUAUUGCCUGGCUUCUCCAUAUAGUUUGUAUUACCAGUGGUUUAGAUGUGAAAACUGAAGUUGGCCAGAUACAAUAUGGUGAAAAUGUAACACUAAAGUGUAUUUUACAAUCACCCAAUACGGCCACACAAGUGACGUGGUCAAAGGUUGUAGGAGACAUGGAAACUUUUGUUGCCAACUAUUCUUCCGAUUCCAGGGCUGAAAUCAGUGAAGGCUACAAGGAUCGUCUAUGGAUCAGCACUACAAACCUAAAUGAGACAGAGAUCACAAUUUCUAAAAUUAGAAUUAUGGAUGAAGGCUGCUACAAAUGUACAUUUAAUUCUCUUACUAAAGGGACCAAAGAGGGAGAAGUGUGUCUUACUAUUCCUGGUGAGGUGCUCAUCGAAAAAAAUCACAAGGUUGGACUUUUUAAACCUGUGACACUAAAGUGCAUGAGGAAAGUGACAAAGGAUGGCGCUAGCGUGCUCACGAUAUCAUGGAUGAAGAAUGGGAAGAACAUUGCGACUUACUCAGAAGAAGCGUACAUCGCUCCAGAAUAUCAGGGACUUAUCAAUGUGACUAAGGAGGGUGGGGACGUAUCUGCGCUCACCCUGUUCAGGGCCAACGUAACAGACGGAGGAAAGUACAGCUGUGUAUUCAAUGUCUUUCCUGGAGGAUCGAAAACAGGGGAGACGUCCUUACAUAUUUACGAACCUUUGAAUGUAACAGUGUCCACGAGUAAAGCAUCCGGGUCCCACACGAUCACAUGUGUGGCCAAGAGCUGGCCCCCUCCCGUGGUUUCUUGGGUGGAUGUGGAUGAAGGAUCCCUCAAUCAUACCGCCUACGAUGGACUGAUAACCGUUACCAGCACCAUACAGAUAUGUCCGGACAGUCAGCAGAAGAAGAGGCCCAAAUGUAAAGUUCUACACCAAGGAGAGGAAUCCCUAUUCAGUGUGUCUGCAGGUAGACGAUGCCGACUCCAUCCGGUCAUUAUAGUUCUACUUCUCUCCAAAAUGUUCUUCCUUUAGAAGCUUCAACCGUACAGAACACCAAGACAUGGACAUAGUAAUAAAAUUCUAUUACUUCACUACAGAAAAAUGGAUGAAUGAAAUAAUGUGACAUAUGGACAAAUAGACGAAUAAAUGAAUGAAUUAAUAUGUGGAUGGGAGGAUGAAGGAGUGAGUGAAUGAGAAAAUCAAUGUGAUUGAAUCAAUGAUUGUAGGAGUGUUAGGGGGCGUUCACUACUACUAGGGUGCGUACUCCAGUAAUUCCUCUUGACUUCUCCGCUCCAAAUUAAUUCACAUCUCCUCUGCCCAUUGACUUUAAUGUUUUUUCCGCUGUCCUGUUCACACUGCGGAAAUUCUGCUAGCGGAAUUCCGACGCUGAAUUCCGUUCCGCUUGAAGAAUGAGCAUGUUCAUUCUUCAAGCGGAAUCCGUUAGCAGAAAUCAAUGGAAGUCAACGCGGAAUUCACGUGGAAAUGCCUGAAAAACCCUUCACUUCUUUCUCCCCCAUUUCCGCGCGCAAUUCCGUGCAAAUUGCGCGCAAACUUCGCACGAACAUAAAAUUCUUUUUUCCGUCCGUAAAUUUUUUCGGCGUGAAUUACUCUUGAAUUACUACGUGUGAUCGCACCCUUAGAGGGAUGGAUGAAUGAAUGACACAACAGAGGGAAGUAGGAGUGAAUGAAUAAAUGAAUGAAUUCAUAAAGUAAUUCAUGGCUAAAUUGGUAAACGAGUGAAUGUAAAAAUGUAUAAACAAGAUAAUUAAUUAGUAUGAAUGAAUGAAUGAAUGAUUAAAUGAAUGAAUGAAUGAAUGAUUAAAUAAAUGAAUGAUUAAAUGAAAGAAUGAUUAAAUGAAUGAAUGAAUGAAUGAAUCAGUGGAUAAACAGGAAUGGAUGUAAGGGCAGAAGAAUAAAUGAUGAAAUAAACAGAUAUGAAAAAUGAAUGAAUAAUGAACAAAUAAAUAAUUAGAUAGAUGAAUGGAGGAACAACUGAAUGUUUGUGAAGGAAUGAAUGGACACAUGAGAAAACUAAUGGCUGGAUGGAAGAAUAAAUGGAGGAGGAGAGUAAAUGAAGGAAUAAAAAUAAACUAAAUCAAGUAAUAAAUGAAUGUACAAACAAAUGUAUAUAAAUGAAUUCAUGUAUCCAUGAAUGGACAAAAAUGAAUGAAUGAAUGACUUGAUGGAAGGAUUAACAAAUGGACGAUUUUACAUAUUGUUACACAUCUUUCUAAUCCUAUUCUGUAUAUUAUUUGGCCCCUGCUCCGAGAUCUACAAGGUCAUAGCUACGUUUCCGACACAAUGCUGCUACAUCAAUAGUUACUAAAUAAUUAAAUAAAAAGACAAGAAACACUGGACUGGCCAUAAGAUGCCUCAUACGUAUUUAUUUAAUACUUCUUCAACUAGUUCUUACAGCUGUGACAAAUGUACUCUGCUUUUACUAAUGUUUAUUCUACAUUAAAGGGGUUAACCGGGGGAAAAAAAAAAAAACUUCUA